AUGCCACCCACACUCGCCGACUACCUCUUCAUCCGCCUCCACCAACUAGGCGUGCACUCCAUCCACGGCGUCCCAGGCGACUACAACCUAACUCUCCUCGACUACAUUAAGCCCAAUAACCUGCGGUGGGUGGGAAACACCAACGAACUCAACGCCGCAUACGCCGCCGACGGAUACGCCAGGAUCAAAGGUCUCGGCGCUCUCAUAACCACAUUCGGAGUCGGGGAACUCUCGGCUAUAAACGCCAUUGCCGGGGCUUAUACUGAGCGCGCGGCUGUUGUGCAUAUUGUUGGUACGCCGGCGAGGAAUGUCCAGGAGGGGAGGAGGCUCGUUCAUCAUACGUUGAAUGAUGGGGAGUAUAGACGGUUUGCGCGUAUGUAUGCGGAGGUUACGGCUGCGCGGGUGAAUCUUUGGGAUGGGAGGGUUGCUGCAAGGCAGAUUGAUGAGGUGUUGAGGGUUUGUUUAGUGGAGAGUCGGCCGGUUUAUAUUGAGGUUCCGGUUGAUAUGGUGGAUGUUGAUGUGGAUGGGAACGGGCUUGAUGUUUCUAUUACUCUUCCGGAGGAUCUGCCUAGUUCAGCUGGUGAUGCUUUACUGGCGAGAAUAUUUGAACGUGUCUACUCUGCGAAACAGCCAGUUAUUCUUGUUGAUGGAGAGAGCAGGGCGAUGGGGAUGGUGGAUGAUAUCCAGGAUCUGGUCAAGGCGACCAAGUGGCCGACCUGGACAACGGGCUAUGCAAAAGGCCUUCUCGACGAGACACUGCCAAACCUCCACGGAAUAUAUCGUGGGAAUUACGACUCUCCAGCUGUCCAAGAGUUCAUCCACCAGGCUGACCUUAUCCUCUCCUUCGGUCCACACCACAGCUCCAGCAAUACGUUCGGAUACUCAAACAUCCCAAGUCCUGACUUCACUACUGAAUUCACAGAUAAGAGAAUUAAACUCGGUAGUGAGCUAGUUCGCGACAUCUCCGCAAAAUAUAUCCUCUCUCGGAUUGUUCAAGAUAUAGAUGUCUCCAGAAUUGCAACCUACCAACCCUACCCCGGUCUCCCACGCGACUACCUCCUAUCGUUUUCCACCGUCUCCAGCGACGAAGCCAUCUCGCAAGACCGGGUAUGGUGCCUUCUGGCAAACUUCCUCCGCCCAGGCGACAUCAUCCUCGGCGAGACCGGGACGGCAGGGCACGGGGUGAGGGAGAUGGCCCUACCCAAGCAUGCUAGAGUCUUCACACCAGUGACCUGGCUGUCUAUCGGAUACAUGCUGCCGGCAGCUCAAGGUGCGGCACUUGCACAGGAAGAGAUGAUAACGCCGUCUUCAUACAAUGGAAUCAAAGACGCCCGCACGAUCCUCUUCAUCGGUGACGGGAGUUUCCAGAUGACAGCGCAAGAGCUGGCGACGAUUAUCAGGCAUUAUCUGAACAUUGUCGUGUUUUUGAUUAAUAAUGAUGGGUAUACAAUUGAGCGAUGUAUCCAUGGGCGCAACCAGGUGUAUAACGAUAUCAGCCGGUGGAGAUACUUGGAAGCGCCGAGGUUGUUUGGGGCAGGUGAAGAUACAUUUACGGCGUCUGUCCGGACUUGGGGGGAAUUACAAGAUGUUCUUGGGGAAGAAAAAUUGCAGAAUGGUGAAGGGCUGCGAAUGGUUGAGGUUGUCAUGGAUAAAGAGGAUGCACCGCAGGGACCACUGGCGACAUAUCUGCAGCACCAGAAGAGCAAAGAAGGAAAUUAG